GGGGGGGUGUCUGUCCAUCCCCCAGCUGGAGGGGCUGAGCUGUCUGUCUGCCUGCGCUCACAGCUUCCCUCCCCGCCCCCCCCCGUGGAACUCCUCCUCUCCCCGGGAUCCAGGCCUGCGACCUGCCCCAGACUCGGUCUGUCUCUGGUGACAGCCAGCUGGGGACGGGGGGUUCCCCACCCUGUCUGUCUGUCCGCAUCAGUGCAGUUCGGUCUGUCUGUGCUGGUCUCGCCUGGCCCCGCAGGCCUGGCAGGCAGCCCGGCCCUCCCCUUGGCCCGGUGCCCAGCCAUCCCUCCUCGCCCAGGCUUCUAGCGCCUUCCACGCCCGUGGGAUAUAAGGCCCCGACGGAGAGCGGGCGCAGAUGGACGCCCCAACCCAGCUGCCAUGGACAUCGCCAUCCAGCAUCCUUGGCUGCGCCGGCCCCUGGGCCCCGGCUUUGGCCCCUUCCUCGCCAACCGCCUCUUCGACCAGCGCUUCGGCGAGGGGCUGCUGGAGAGCGACCUGGCAGCCCUCUGCCCCACCGCCGGCCACGGCCCCCUCUACGCCCGCCCCCCUGGCGUGGCCCUGCCCGACACCGGCCUCUCCGAGAUGACACUGGACAAGGACCGGUUCUCGGUGCUGUUGGAUGUGAAGCAUUUCUCACCCGAGGAGCUGAGCGUGAAGGUGGUGGGUGACUACGUGGAGGUGCACGCCAAGCAUGAGGAGCGUCCGGAUGAGCAUGGCUACAUCUCCCGUGAGUUCCACCGGCGCUACGGGCUGCCCCGGGGUGUGGACCCCGCCACCAUCACCUCAGCCCUCUCGCCAGACGGAAUCCUCUCCAUCACGGCGCCCACCAAACCAGAGGGCAAGGCCCAGGAGCGCACCGUCCCCAUCACCUGCCAGCAGAGCCCUGCCGUCACUGGGAAAUAGGGGGCAGAAGGAUCCGCCUCUAUCCCCCCCGCCACCAGAGCCAGGGGGUUCCCCUCUGACCACUAGGGACACACCCUGGCCUGGUGGGGAUCACCUUCCUCCAGCCCCUUGGGACAGCAGAAUUUAUGGGGUUCUCCCUUUCCAGGCCUGGGGGAGCAGAGAGCUGGGAUUCGCUCCUGCCCCUUCCCCCCCACCAGCUGCUUUGCAGGAUUUUUUCUUAUCUACGGCUGGUGCUGUAUGAAGCCAGGAGCUUGGCCAAUAAACUCCACCCACCUGCUGGA